AUGUCAUUAAUGCCCUUCCCAAACCCAAUUUAUGACUCCUGCAAACCAUUUCUCGCCCCACCUCCAAAACCCUAAUGGCGAUCCCUUGAAGCAUUCAAAAAUCUUUGAAAACUGUGUGAUUCUGCAGUGAGAGAGAGAGAGAGAUGCAGGUGAGAAAUUGGGGAAAUUUAGGGGUCGUUGAGACCAUUUACGAAGAAGAAUGCGAGUUCUCGUCUUCAACCUCACCCUCUGUUUCUCCUUCCCUUCUCUCUCCUCACACUCCCCUUCAUUCCAGAGUAGAGGCCUGGUCUUUGGCAACUGGGCGUGAAACAGACAUCUUGAUACGAGUACAAGGAUCAUGUUUUCGUCUGCACAAGGAGCGUCUUACAUCACGAAGCUCAUAUCUGAAACGACAUUUAACGGAAGUGGUCUCUGACUUCACUCUCUCUCCACCGCUAAACAUAACGGCGGACACCUUUACGUCGAUCGCCGAGUUCUGUUACAGCUCCGACGUUCAGGUAACGCCUUCCAAUGUCGCCGCCCUCAGGACAGCGGCGGAGUUGCUGGGCAUGACGGAAGCGAAGGGCAUAGACGGAGAGAACCUGGGUCACGUAACGGAAGCGUAUUUCAGGGGAGUGAUUACCAUUAACCAAGAGUACGCAUCUAUGGUGCUUCGUUCGUGCUUGCCUCUGCUGCCGGAGUCAGAAACGUCGGCGUUUCUCGUGAGCAGAUGUAUUGAAGCACUGAUUUUAGCAGAUGGUGGGCAUAUCGAAGACGACACUUGUUUGAACGACGUCGUUGCGAUGCACCCUCAAGAUUUUCUGGUGGUCGCCGAGUCCAUGUGCAGACGAUUCAGAAACCAUGACGUCCUUUACAAGAUCGUCGAUCUUUACCUCAAGGAAAACAAGUUUGGUAAAAUAGCAGAAGAACAGAAGGCUGAGAUAUGCAAUUGUAUAGACUGCACAAAGCUCUCACCUCGGACGCUUGUUGAAUGUGUUCAAAACCCUAGGAUGCCUUUGAGGUUCAUCAUCCGGGCUAUGUUAGUUGAGCAGCUGAACACUCGCAGUUCCAUCGUGUCCGCCGCCGCAGUUUCUCACCUCCACACGGCUGCCGCCGCCGCCGCCACCAAUGUCACGGCGCACCGACAUCAUGGUUCCGAAUUACCAGAGGCCCGAAACUCCACCACACUCGGCGAGUAUCUGCACCGAGAAGCGGUUAUUCGCCAUUCUGCUCACCUCAGGGCAGCCAUGGAGUCCACGAGCUCUCGUAUUCAGAGCCUGGAGAAGGAGCUUCGGGGAAUGAAGCAAAUCUUGCUGGAGAGUACUCAGGCCGAUCAGCCGGAGAGACGGAGCAAAGUGUUGAACUCCGAACGUCCGAAGAGUUUUCAUUAUGUGCCGUUUGAGAAUGGAAAUAAAAUAGAAAGAGGAGAAAGAGGGUCGGUUUCAUCGUCGAGUUUUCGGUUUGAUAGCAGAAUAAUGGGGAUUCCUGAAGUUGAGAGGUCGACGUGUUUGUAUGAAGAAUCAAGCGAGUUUAAUAAUGGAACUCCGAAAGUGAACAAGACUUUUCGGCAGAGGCUGAUAAAGGGACUGAAGAAUGCGUUUCGGGUAUCAACUUCUGCGUCGUCGAAUUGAAUUGGACAGGAAGAACACAGAGGAAACACAGAUGACGAAGCUGUACAUAGAGAACUUGGAGUGAUGUUGUUCGGUUAAAUCCGUCGUCUGAUUGAUCGUUUUCUGGUUUUCUACAAAAUAUUUCUAUUAAAAGCCGCCUUUUUCUGUGUCAAUUCCACAUUCUUUUCAUUAUUAGAAUGUUUUCUUCUCGUCGGGCUCUUUGGUA